CUCCAUUUCUAGUUGGUUUUGACAUUGAGCUAAAAGAAAAGCGAAAACAGAGAGACAGAGAGAGGGAAAAGGAGCAAAUAUGGGAAAGCUUGUUCAGAUCUGUGUAGGCUUGGCCUUUUUAGCUUUAUCACUAUCAUCCAUAGCGGUAGCAGACGACGUCGUUGUGCUCACCGAAGAAAACUUCGAGAAAGAGGUCGGUCAAGACAGAGCAGCUCUCGUCGAAUUCUACGCUCCUUGGUGUGGACAUUGUAAAAAGCUUGCUCCAGAGUAUGAGAAGCUUGGCGCAACCUUUAAAAAGGCCAAGUCUGUUUUGAUCGCAAAGGUGGACUGUGAUGACCAAAAGAGCUUGUGCAGCAAAUACGACGUUUCUGGGUAUCCUACACUUAAAUGGUUUCCUAAAGGAUCUUUGGAACCCAAAAAGUAUGAAGGACCACGUACUACAGAAGCCCUUGCUGAGUUUGUGAAUACUGAAGGAGGGACUAACGUGAAGAUAGCUGCAAUUCCAUCCAAUGUAGUGGUGCUCACAUCUGAUAAUUUUGGUGAGGUUGUUUUGGAUGAAACCAAAGAUGUUUUGGUUGAGUUCUAUGCACCGUGGUGUGGUCAUUGCAAGAACCUUGCUCCUACCUAUGAAAAGGUAGCCACUGCAUUUAAACUUGAGGAAGAUGUGGUGAUUGCUAAUGUAGAUGCUGACAAAUACAAGGAUCUAGGGGAAAAGUAUGGUGUAAGUGGGUUUCCAACGUUGAAAUUCUUCCCAAAGGGCAACAAAGCUGGUGAAGAAUAUGAGGGUGGCAGAGAUUUAGAAGACUUUGUGGCUUUCAUCAAUGAAAAGAGUGGCACCAGCCGUGAUGCAAAGGGACAGCUUACUUCAAAGGCUGGUAUAGUUGAGAGUUUAGAUGCCUUGGUGAAGGAGUUUAUAGCUGCUAGUAAUGAAGAGAAGAAAGCAGUCUUUGCUCGGAUACAAGAGGAAGCUGAGAAGCUCACAGGUUCCAGUGCAAGGUAUGGAAAGAUUUACUCGAAAGCUGCUAAAAGUUGUUUGGAGAAAGGUGCUGAUUAUGCUAAGAAUGAAAUCGAGCGGAUCCAUCGCAUACUUGACAAGUCAAUCAGCCCAGCCAAGGCAGACGAGUUCACCCUGAAGAAGAAUGUUCUAUCAUCAUUUGCUUGAUCUCCAGUAGCCUAGUCUUGCCCUCAUCUGGCAUUGGGUUGAAGUUCUCUAAAGCGGUUUUCCCACCACCACCCGCAGCAUGAUAUUAACUUAAAUUUGAUCUGAUCUGGGCAUCUUGAUGGUUACAAUUGUAGGCGUUGAUGGUAAUCAAGCACACAUGCUGUAGCCAAGAACUGCUUUUAGAUCCACUUUAGCUAACUGGGGGUGAUUUACUAAAAGAAACGGCAUUCCUUUACUAUCGUGUUUUGUAUUCAUGAUAAUAGAACUUUAGAUUGGAGUUGAAGUUAGAGUUUGUUACCAGCUAAUAUUUCUUUCUAUGAUAUGCCUUGAACUUUCACUUCA